AUGGAAGUAUAUGCUGGUGCCGGUGAAAACCGUGUGGGUCAUGAAAGCUGCAAGAGCGUUCUCUUUGAAUUGUCUAUUGAUGAAGCUAUGGAUGCCAGACCUUUCGCCGAUAUAACAUCGAUUAGUCACUUUGGAGAAGGAGAAGAGGAAGUGCUGUUUACUAUGGGAUCCGUGUGGACCAUUGACUCUGUUAAAGAAGGCGAUGAUUCACUGUGGACCGUUGAGUUGAAGCACUGUAGUGAAUUAGAUUCGAAGUUAGGUCAACUUUUUAAGCAACUUCCUGAUGACAACACAUUUAUUGCGCUUGGUGACGUUCUCCGCGAGCUUGGUCAGCAUACGAAAGCAAAAAAUUUUUAUUACCGAAUGCUAAACGAGCCACUGAUACCUGAUGAGAUCCGACGUUCUCUUUAUUAUAAAAUUGCAAAGAUAAAUAUUGCACAAGGUGAACACUUCGAGGCACUCAACAAUCUUCAUGAAGCUUUGAAGCUGUUUCCCGUAGUGGAAACAAAUACUGUACCAGUCUCAUCUCAACCAUUAUACGCUCAUGGUAUUAUUUCAUCACCACUCCCUAUUCUUUACAAUAUGGGUCGUAUGUAUCAAAAGACGGACCACUAUACUGAAGCUUUAAAAUACUUUACCGAGGCUGCAGACAUUAAAGAAAGCGAUCCUGUUGAUCGCGCUAUCGUUGAAGAUAGUAUAGGGGAUCGAUUCGAGUGUAAUAUGAAUGUUUCACUGAUUGCUAUAUCUUCACAUCCAUAUAGUUAA